AACUCUGAUUUUCCGCUAACUUUAUCAAAUGUUUUUUUUUCAACCUAUUGUGUUGUCUAGACAUGUUGCCUGCCCCGGUGAACGAUUUGACGGACAUGGAAGUGGUCCGGCCAUAGAUCUUGUAUCUGCUGGACAAGACAUGCCUAUUGGGCACAAAAUACAUACACUUGAGCCAGCCUCGAUGCUGUAA